CUUCUUCUUCUUCUUCUUCUCACUCUAUAUAAUUUACACCCUUUUCCUAAUUUUCCUUCAUUUUCUUAUUCAAUCUUGGCGCUCUUUCUUUAUCACCCGCUCUAACUUCGGAUGCAAAUUUGCCUUCCAUUUUAUUCUUUCCUUCCCCCUUUCUGCCUUGGUUCCGGAUUGUAUUGGGAUUAGAUGUUGGGUAUGAAUUAAUUUGCAUACGCUAGGUUGCUGGAUACAGUUUCCUUCUUAUUGGACUCCGGACACCUUAAUUCAUGCAGGUAUAGCCUGGAAGUUUGAAGCUGUCCAGGCAGUUGGGGUGCAGGGGCCCGGGAUCAUGCACAAUAGAUGGAGACUCCUAACCGCAUUAUCUUAACGGCUUAUUGUCAAUACUCUCUUCUGUUUUUACUUCUUCAGUUUUAAUCUUAGUUUGAGUCCUCCCUUGAGUGGUAUCAGCACUCCUACUAUUACCAUUCUCAGUCCCUACCCGGAAAAUUCAAGCUCGAUUUUCUUGGAACAUUCAGAAUGGAUUUUGAGGAAAACUGUGGAUGUCAUGUCAUGUUGAGCUGAUUUUACCCAGCUUUUGUCAUCUCUAGUAAUUGACACGACUAGGAAAAGCUGAAAAAAAUUGUUGGAAGGUCUUUUAUCUUUAAAAUGUGGAUUUUUUUAGUUUCAAGUUUGCACUCUGAACUGGGCAUUCCUGCAUGAUGGGGUCUGAUUUUGUUUCUAGAACCAAAGAAAUCUUCUAUCUUGGAAGAGUUUGGCAGAAGGGGUUACAAGUUGAAUGUUGAAUGAUGAGUGUUCUGAUUUGUUAUGCAUUCUCGAGAUGGGUUUCCCAAUUCUUCCUGGACAUUGGGCCGCACCAUUUAUCUAAAUCUGCUGCAUCCUAAACAAAGAUUACUUGCUUCCUGAACAAGAAACGGCCUGUCGUGGAUAAUCGUCUGAAACGGAUGAAAAGGGGUUAUUAUGUCUGAGUUGAUUGACCGCCUCCCAGACGCGGUUGCCCUUAGGUGCCUUGCACGUGUGCCCUUCCACCUCUAUCCAAAGUUGGAGCUUGUUUCUCACUCCUGGCAAGCUGCCAUUCACAGUGCUGAACUAUACAGAGUCCGACAGGAGAUUGGAUCAUCAGAAGAUCUAUUAUGCGUAUGUGCAUUUGAACCUGAGAAUCUAUGGCAGCUCUAUGACCCCCUCAGAGACCUUUGGAUGACAAUUCCUGUAUUACCAUCGAAAAUUAGGCAUCUUGCACGCUUUGGUGCUGUGUCCACUGCUGGAAAGUUGUUUGUGCUUGGUGGUGGCAGUGAUUCUGUUGAUCCGUUAACCGGAGAUCAAGAUAGGAACUUUGCCACCAAUGAGGUGUGGUCCUAUGAUCCUGUAAUACGCCGGUGGUCUCAAUGUGCAUCAAUGCUUGUACCCCGUGCCAUGUUUGCAUGCUGUGUUUUGGAUGGAAAGAUUGUUGUUGCAGGUGGUUUUACUAGCUGCAGAAAAUCAAUUUCUCAGGCAGAAAUGUACGAUCCUGAUAAAGAUGCUUGGAUUCCUCUGCCUGACCUACACCACACUCACCAUUCUGCUUGCACAGGGGUUGUGAUUGGAGGGAAGUUGCACGUCCUGCACAAGGGAUUAUCAACUGUGCAAAUUUUCGAGAAUACGCGGCCUGGAUGGAGAGUUGAAGAUUAUGGUUGGCUUCAAGGUCCAAUGACCGUUGUCCAGGGUUCACUCUAUGUGAUGAGCCAUGGACAUAUUUUCAAGCACGAUGGAGAAGCUAAGAAGGUUGUUAUUUCAGCAUCUGAAUUUCGCCAACGAAUUGGGUUUGCGAUGAUGAGUUUGAGAGAUGAAAUUUACGUGAUUGGAGGAGAUAUCGGUCCCGACCGUUUGAAUUGGGACGUCAAGCCAACAUCUGAUGUUGACAUAUUGACAACAGGAGGUGAGAGGCCAACAUGGCGACAGGCAACAUCAAUGACUAGAUGCCAUGGGGCUAUUCGGGGAUGUGCUCAGUUGAGAAUUUAGGAUUCCAUUCUGUUGCUACCUUGUCACUUGCAUUGUGUUUGCCUCAUAACCCCUCCUAUUGCCUUUUCUGGUGGCUGCCUCUUUUUGUAAUCUUGUGAUGUUCAUUCUAGGGGUAUGUUGAUGAUUCUCCUGGAAAAUUGGAUAUCAUUGGAACUGUGCAAGAUUCUGAGGUGGUACAUGAAUAUUAUGAAUGAUUUGUUAGAUUCUGAGGUGGUACAUGAAUAUUAUGAAUGAUUUGUUAGCA